UUGGCCGGUUCGUCAAUCACUGUCUUGUAAACACGUUAUUUACCGUAAAAGCAGUGUACAGUUCGGCUGUCCGACGUCUGGCGUUUAUAGUUUUGGUACGGAAAUACAAAUAAUACGAUCAUUAGCCCACUAGGUGCCUACGAUCCAAUGCAUUAAGUUUUGAAAGAAAUUCCCGUCAGCCAUCGUCGUCCGAGUCCAGUGGAAUACGGGAAAGUUAAAUAUAUUAGACAGAAUUCAAACAACGGUACGCGUCUACUUUUGCUGGUGGUUACUCUGUCGUGUAGCCGCGUAGGUAUCGUGUAACAACAGCAUAAACUGAUCGCGACGGCGUCUCAUCUGCGAAAUUUUCGACCGCUGCGAUAUCCGCGUCGAAUGUGCCAGUACUGUCUGAAUCUAAUUCGUUUCUGUCAUCGAACCAUCGGUCGCUACUAGUGGAUCUUUACAUUUGAUGCACUUGCUGUUUUGCUUAAGAUGCCCGGUGAGACAAUUGAUGAAAUGACAGAACAGCAGGUUUCUACUGUUGAGGAGGACUCGCUGAAACAGUCGAAACCUGACUUGUCUAAUAAUGAUUUUCCUGAAUAUGUUCCUAAUGAAUCAACAUCUAUUCCACCACAAAAUGAGUUAACAAAUGGUUUAAAGCGAUCUUUACCAGAUAAAGUAGAGAGUGAUAAAAAAAAAAAAAUCAGACUCGAGGAUAGUGAAAAUGAAGAUGAAAAUGAACUUAAAGUUACUAGCAAAAACGAUAAUGGAAUAGAUCAUAUUGAAACCUUGAUAGAAAGAGUUGAUCAAAUUGCUGGGAAUCUAAAAAAUACCAUAGUCAAAUCUAAUGUUUCUAAUGAAACAAAUGUAUCCUUUAAAAUGCUCAAUCAUGAUAACAGUGGUAUUGAUGAUAAAGAUUGUAAGGAGGAUUCUCCCGAUAAAAAUAAUUUAAGUGUAGAUAUCAGUAAGGAUAUUGAGAACAAAACAACUGAUACAAGCAGUAUUAAUAAUAAUUGUGAGUUUAUUGGAAAUAGUGAAGCAACUGAAAAAAAUUGUAAUAAUAAAUUAGUUGAGAAUGAUAUAAUUACCAGCAAAGGUAUUUCUGAUUUAAAUAGACCAUCCUCAUCUGAAAAAUUAGUUGUCAUUGAAAAUAAUGAACAUGAGAAUGAAACUGUUAUUAAUGAUUUUUCGGUAACAGAAAAUAUAGUUAAAGAUUCAACUGUAACAGAAUGUAAUUUAAAUUAUUCAAAUAAUAAGAUAUCUGGAAUUGAAAACAUUGUAAACAGUAAAAAAAAUGGUAUAAAACUUUUGCCAGUAUUAGAAAAUAGUGCACAAAGUUUAAUAAAAAAUACGGAAGAUACUAAAACUGUAGAAAGUCAUCCAUGUGAUAAUAAUACUAUAGCUAAUACUGAAGUUGAUGUUCAUAUUAAUUGUAACAAUCAUGAUUAUGAAGUUAUUGAUUCUGAUACCAGUUCUGAUAUUUCAUCAUCUGAUAUACCUGAUCUACCUGAAAAUCUCAAUGAAAUUAUAACUGGAGUACAUCAGAUAUCCAAAGAAAGUUUUCCACAGUUAUUAAAAUUGUUUAGUAAAAAACAAGUGACUUAUGAUCAAUUUGACAGCUUGUGUACACAAAAAAUUAUUGAAAUUAUGACAGAAAGACUGUAUUGGGGUAAAGAUCGUUACGAACUCCAGUUGUUGAAGGAAAGAGAAAAACAUUGGCGGACAAAAUAUUAUUCGCUAAAUAGGCAAUUUAAAGAAAUCAAGACUAUAGUAAAUAUUCAUAAGCUAGAUUUAAAAACCAAUGAAUAUGCUAAGCCACAUGUAAUUACAAGAACUGUUGGUUUGCAAGCAGUAUUAUGUCCAAAAAAGGAAGGUAGCAUGAAGUUACCAAAACUAUCGAUUCCUUUGUCAAAGCCUGUUAAUGGUUCAGUAAGUAUUAUUAGUGAUGAUGAAGAUGAUGUUAUUUCAUUGAAUAAAGUAGAUUCUGCUAAAGCAUCAACCUCAAAAAGUCAAAAUUCAACUCCAAAAAAGCAAAAGUCUCCCUUAACUACUAAAUCAAAUUCACCAGUUGUAUCUCCUCCAAAAACUGUUCCUGCUGCAAAGUCUUUGGAUUCUGUCAACAUUGAUACUGCUACAAUAGAUCUAACAGGAAACGAUGAUGGAAUUGAAGUAUCAAAUUUAAUCAAUUUGGAAGAACCAAUAUCAGUUCUCCAUCACCAGAGUCCAGGGAUUUUACCUGCACAACUGAACAACAAUUUGCCCAAAACUAUUACAUAUGUAGAGCUACCUACCCAUCCAACAUCCUCUUCAAGUUUUAUAAUGAGAACAGCUUCAGGCUCUCCUAAACGAACAACUGUUUCAAAUAAAGAUACCAUAAAUACAAGUGAUCCAAAAUCGAUGAAUCUUAAACCAUAUAUAAUUGAUGUUUCACGUGUUGAUCCUGUACUAGUUCAACCUUGUACUGUUACAUACACUACACAACGUGUUCCAGCGUCUCAAAUAUCUGGAACCUUACAACCAAUGUCUACAGCACCUUAUACACCACGCCAAAUAUCAAUGUCUCAACUUUCUGCAUCUUUAAAACCAUUAACAACAGCUUAUACAACAUGUCAAUUACCAGUAUCUCAUAUAUCUGGAUCAUUGCCUCAGACAUCUCCUGGAACAUCUUUUACUGCAUGUCGAUUACCAAUAUCAAUUCAUGCAAUACCUCCUCUUACUUCGACUGAACAUCCUUUAACAGGAUCCAGACCACCGCCGCCUGCAAUACCAAUAUUAGAACAUCCUGCUCCAUUACCCCCAAUUCCAAAUCAAAGAAGUCUUACUUCAUGGAAAAAAUUACCUCCCGCACCUAAAGUGAGCGUUUCCAAAACAGUAGAAUCACAAAUUCCUCAAGCAUUAGUGGUUUCAUGGAAUAUGUCUUUAAAUAAAACAAUUGCACAAAUAGCAAAUUAUCAGAUAUUUGCAUAUCAAGAAGUCCCUAAUCAAACACCUCAUGUAGAUUUGUGGAAGAGAGUUGGUGAAGUCAAUGCUCUUCCGCUUCCUAUGGCUUGCUCACUUACUCAAUUUGCAAAUGGUGAAAAAUAUCAUUUUACAGUAAGAGCUGUUGAUAUUCACACUCGUGUUGGGCCAUUUAGUAUACCACAAAGUAUAAUAUGAAUGAUUUUAAACGUUUGAUAUUAGCAAGUUAAGUAUGAAUAUCCUGGCUUAAUGUUUCUUACAUCAAGAGGUUAUUAUUUGGGCUAUUUCUGUGCUAAAUAAUUUAAUAAUUAAUUCUUAAAAAUACCUAAUUAUUAUUUUAUUUUUUUUUAUCUGUGACCCAUUAAU